CCUUGCUUGUUGUUUGCCGCCGCCCACGCCCCCAUGCCUUGCUGCUGACGAAUGACGCCGACCACCGAGCCGGACGCAAGUCCGGAGGAGCACAGCGGGGACUCGUCACACUCCUCACCGCAGCACUUCGCCGUUCGUCUCGCGCGGACCAUAUCGGGCGACUCGGAGGGCGGGAGUGGCAGGCCAAGAAAGGGUAGCGACGCGGCGCGAGCGCGCUGGAGGCAGGCAAACACCCUGAUCGCGAUCCGGCGGCUGCAGCAUGGCCGUUCCGGCGCCGGCUCUCCACCCGCGGGCGAGGUGCACGCACGCAGCGCUGACGGCUCCGCGGAGGCUGGGGUUGUGGCGAGGCAGGGACCCGUCUCGCGCCCGGCCGCGUACCUCGCCUUUCUGCCCGGCUUCACGCCGGAUCUGGAGGCCGAGUACUUUCGGUACUCGCUCGCCGCGUCGCGCGGCGCCCUGCUGCGCACCGCCUUUAUCCUCGCGCUGCGCCCCGUCUGCCUCACCCUCUUCCUGGUGCCUGUCAAGCUCGACGUGCAGGCGGACCUGGCGGGCGGCUGGCUGGGCGCGGCGCUCCUCCUCGGCCGCCUCUCCGUCUGCCUCUCGGCGGCGGGCCUCGCGGCGGCGCUCUGGCGCGCGGGCCGCGUGGCGGUGCUCGACUACCCAGCCACGCUCAGCGCCAUGUUCCUCGCCCUGCUCUGGUGCGACGGGUUCCUGAUGACGGCUGCCGACGUGCUGCACAGCUCGAGCAGCAAACAGGUGCUGCUCGUGCUGAUGCACCUGCUUGGGUACGCGACCCUGGUGCCGCACCUGCAGGCGAGGCACGCGACGCUCACCUUCUGGUCGCUGCUCGCCGCACGGCUGGCGCUGCUCCGCGCCUUUCCGCAGCCCGGCCUGCGCCUCGCCUCGGUCGCGAUCCACGACGCCGUCGUCAACCUCGCCUGCAUGCACAAGCUGCUCGAGGAGGAGGAGGAGGUCAAGGUCGCUCUCCGCGACGGCGCGCCGCGCCUCCCUCCCGCAAAGACUCGCGUGCAGCGGCUCCUCCUCAACACCCUCCCGGCGCCCAUCGUGCGGGACAUCGCGUCGGGGUCGACGCAGGUGGCGCACAGGUAUGACGAGGUGACGGCGGACAUGGUCGGCUUCACCAAGCUCUCGAGCGAGCGAUCCGCCGACUUUGUCCUCGGCCUCCUGUCCGACCUGUUUGCGAAGUUUGACGGGCUGGCCGAGGGGUACGGCGUGCACAAGGUCAAGACGAUCGGCGAGCAGCGCAGUCGCGACGCGUACAUCGUCUGCUGCGGCGCCUUUGGCGAGGCGAGAGGCAACCCCGCCGACGCGGCGCGGCGCGUCGGCGCCAUGGCGCUCGGCAUGAUCGGCGAGGUGCAGGCCAUCAAGGAGGAGCGCAAGGUGGGCCACGCCGGCCUCGGCUGCUCCCUUCCCCGCGCGACCCGCAGCGUGAAGACGCGCGCUGUUCGCACCCUCCAGGUCCGCUUCCACUUCGACAUCUGGGGCCGCGCGGUGGCGGGCGCGCUGCGCCUCGAGGAGCUUGGCGCCGCCGGCCGCGUCCACGCGAACCACCUCUGGCACACCUUCGCGCUCUCGCCCGCGCCCGGCAACGGCGACGGGAUGGGCACGGCGGCAGAGGGCGUCUUCCCGGCCCACAUGGGCAUCCACCGCACCUACUACGUCGAGGAGCGGAAGGACCUGCUCCCGGCGUCGCAGAUGCACCUGCUGGGCGGGCCGCGCCUGGAGCGACCCGUCGCUCGGGCGUGCGUCGCGACGAGCGUGGCCUGUGUUGCUGCUGUAGGCGGCUUGCACCUCGACGACGAGGCGCUCGAGGGGCACGUGCCGAAGAAGCCAUUCCCCGGCAUCGAGCUCGGGACGUACCGGGACGGCUCGUCGGUCGAC